AUGCCCAAGGCUCUGAAGAAGCGCGGCAAAAGUGAGACCGUCAAGGAUACACGAAAGUUCUCGCUUUGGAAUUUUUGGGUUAGCUCAACGGCAUUAAAGUUGCUGUUGAUUCCAGCAUAUGUGAGCACAGAUUUUGAUGUUCAUCGCAAUUGGCUGGCAAUUACGAACAAACUUCCUUUGCAUAAAUGGUAUUAUGAGUCCACUAGUCAGUGGACCCUCGAUUACCCACCCUUCUUCGCCUACUUUGAGUGGUUGCUGUCUCAAUUCGUACCUCAGAGAGUACAAGAUGAUGGUUGCUUGGAUAUCGUGGCAGUUGGUCAAUUUGGCUUACCUACAAUUGUUUUCCAGCGCGUUACUGUAAUUGUGAGCGAGAUUUUGCUCUUCGUUGUAUUACAGGUGUAUAUCAACAAAAGCCACAUAAGCGACCGUUCAGCCAACUUUGUUGUGGCGAGCAGCAUAGUACUCUCCCCAGGCUUCCUGAUAAUUGAUCACAUCCACUUUCAAUACAAUGGAUUCUUGUUCGCUAUUUUGAUUGCGUCUAUUGUCGCGGCUAAGCAUCAGAGGUACCUACUAUGUGGGUUUUUCUUUAGCACCGCAUUAUGCUUUAAACACAUUUUUCUUUACUUAGCGCCCAGCUUUUUUGCAUUCCUGUUACGGGUCUACAUCUUAGAUUUCUCGAAUUUCCGUUUCAGGACUUACAAUGACUUGAUAUCGAUGGUGAGGUGGAAGAACCUUUUCAAGCUUGGGACGGUCGUGUUGAGUGUAUUUGCGGUUUGCUUCGCCCCUUUCAUUUACCAGCUGCCACAGCUAAUGUCGCGGCUGUUUCCUUUUUCCAGAGGUUUGACGCAUGCUUACUGGGCUCCCAAUUUCUGGGCCUUGUAUUCGGCGCUUGAUAAGGUAUUAACCCUGUUCUUUUUGAAAGUCCCUUACGUUCACAAAUUUUUGACCCAGGUUGUUUCUCCUCCGCUGAUACCUGUAACAAUCGAUGAAAUAAAAACGAAAUUACAACAAUACAACGUUGGUACCAAAGGGCUCGUUCAAGAUGUUUAUUUUGUUAUUUUGCCCCAGAUUCAGCCCAAAUUGACAUUUAUUUUGACUCUUUUCUACCAAAUUUUGGCCGUUAUACCGGUACUUUUCAGUCCCUCUUUUGAAAGGUUUGUUGGCUCCUUGACACUCUGUGGGUUCGCCUCUUUUUUGUUUGGCUGGCAUGUCCACGAGAAAGCGGUCCUCCUAAUUAUCAUCCCCUUCUCCUUUCUGGUUACAACAGAUCGAAGACUACUCACUCCGUUCCAUUUAGUGGCUUCUGCUGGUUAUGUUUCUCUCUUUCCACUACUGCAUGAGCCUCAAGAGUUUCUCAUCAAACUGCUCUACACGUUAGUUUGGUGCAUCAUCUACUUUUCUGCAUUAAGACAAGUGACGAAGAUUUCCUCAAGCGUCCAGCGCCGCGUGUUCUUUUUUGAUCGAUUUGCCCUUUCUUACAUUGUACUGCUUAUUCCUCUAGUCAUUGGUGUUGAAAUUCUGGAAUCACUUAAAUGGAGAUAUGCGCUUUUGCAGAAAUUCGAGUUUGCUGGCUUGAUGAUAUACAGCAUUUACUGCUCAAUUGGCAUACUAAGUAGCUGGAUGGGACUUUCUUGGCUUUACAACUUUGAUGAGCCCAUCUGGAAAUAA